ACGCACACAUGUUAUGACAAUGUCAGCGCCCAGCCCAAUGAUAUCGACAAAACACAGUCAGGAAUGUUGGAGAAGAAGUGGACAUCAGUUAUACGAUUAGUGAAGAAAAUCACGGAAUUGGAGGAAAAACUUCGUGAUGUGGAGAAGGAGUACAUAUCGGGCGCUCCGAUGCGUGACAAGAGGUCGCCCACCGAAUGGAUACCUCGACCUCCGGAGCGGUUUGAACUGCAGGGUCACAGAGAAACUAUCAAUCGAGUGAUAUUUCACCCGUUUAUUGUGUGCUUCGUCUCGGCCUCAGAGGACGCGACUAUUAAGAUAUGGGAUUACGAAACGGGAGACUACGAGCGCACUCUCAAGUCACACACGGGAUCAGUCCAAGACAUUGCCUUCAAUUCCAACGGCAAACUUCUCGCCUCGUGUUCCGCAGACAUGACUAUUAAGAUAUGGGAUUUCCAGUCUUACCUUUGCGUUAAGACACUUCACGGACACGACCACAACGUGUCGUCCGUCACUUUCCUACCGGCGGGCGACCAUUUAGUCUCGUGUUCUCGCGAUAAAACUGUUAAGAUGUGGGAAGUGAUGACCGGUUACUGUAUUAAGACUUUUUCCGGACACAGAGAUUGGGUGAAAAUGGUUCGCGUCCACAAAGACGGCGCUUUAAUGGCCACCUGUUCUAAAGAUCAUACGAUAAUCGUUUGGACGCUCAGUAAUAAUGAACACAUUGUGUCCAACGGAGACAUUAAAGCGACGCUUAAAGAUCACGACCAUUGCGUUGAGUGCAUCGCGUGGGCGCCCGACUCGGCCUCCAAUUCCUUAAAUGAAGCGAUAGAAGACCGCAAUAAUCAACGAAAUAAUAAACUUUUUGGUCCAUUUCUGGCCAGCGGUUCGCGCGAUAAAACAAUUAAAGUAUGGGACGUGAGUGUCGGGGUUUGUUUGUUUACGCUUAUAGGGCACGACAACUGGGUUCGGGCGUUGUGUUGGCAUCCGGGGGGCAAGUUUAUAGUCAGCUGUUCCGACGACCGAACCAUUAGGGUUUGGGAUAUAUUGAAUAAAAGACUGAACAAAACAUUAGAGAGCGCUCACUCGCACUUCUGUACCUCAUUAGACUUUCAUCCGACCUCUCCUUAUGUAGUGAGCGGUUCUGUUGACCAUACGAUCAAAGUAUGGGAAUGUCGUUGAGAUUUGUUUGUAAUUUAAUUUAACUAAAAUUUCUUAGAUUUUAAAUCAAUUUGAUUUCUAACCAUAAAUCCAUUAUAUUUUUUCAAAAACGAA